AUGUCACUGGUUGCAACAAGAGAGCGUCGUGCGAAUGCUGGCGCACGAAUGAGAGAACUUAUUGAAAAAGAAAUGGAAUUAGAAGAAAUGUUUAAAGAGGUACCUGAAGACGAUGAUUUUACGGUAACUAAAGAAGAGGAAGAUUAUUUUGAUUCCGAUUUUGAUCAAAAUAGUAGUGGACCAGAAGAUAAUGAAGAUAAUGACGAUACAGCUGAAUUGCAAAUACUACUGGAAGAAAAACUGGAAAAGAAAAAAUCGAAAAAAUCAAGUUUACCAUUUCCUAGUACAGCCUUGCGGUUAAGAAAAAAGGAUACUGACAAAGUUCUAGUGGCACCUGAAACUACCGAAACUACCGAAACUAUUCCAGAUCAAGGCGUUAAUGAUGAAUCCUCAAAUAUUAUAUCGGAUAAGAAAAAAAAGGCAUCCAACACAACACCACUUUUGCACGGUGUGAGAUCGUCAUCUCGUUCUCUCACAGUUCAAAGUAAACAGAUGUUAGCGGAGAAAUUGAAGGAAUAUGAAAAAAAAAAGGCAGCACAUCCAAAACGUGAAAAAGUGAUUGUUCAGCGCAAAACCCAAGAAGAAUUACUUGCAGAAGCUAAAGAAACGGAGGAAAAAAAUUUAGCAUCUCUUCGUGCUUUUGAAUUAAGAGAGGCUGAAAAAAAAAUGUCUGCGAAGCAAUCAAAAAAGAUUGUCAUGAAUGGACCUUUUAUUCGAGAGAUAUCAUAUAUUGUUGGUGACAACAGAGAGACAAAAAGGCCCAAAUUAAUAACGGAAGUGCCAGCCGAUGAAGAAAAAAGUAAUAUAACAGACACGAAAAAUUUAGAUUGUACCAUGAACAAUGUCGAAAAUGAAAAUCAAAAUCAGGAUAAAAGAGAAGUGCGGAAUUUGCUUAUAUUUUCCCAAUUCUCAAAGGUAGAGGAGGCAAAGCUAUUUCAAGAAUGGAAAAAGAAGCCACAAAGGGCGAAAAAAGUAUUAUGCCCUUUUACUGGACUUAUUGCAAAAUAUAAAGAUUCUAAAACUGGUAUACCAUAUGCAAAUGUAGAAGCAUAUAGUAGAAUUCAAAAAUUAUUGCAACAUAAAUAUAUUUGGUCAGAAGCCCAUAGUGCGUAUAUAAAUGAUGUUAAUCAAAGACCGGCUGAAGGUACACCCGAUGGCUUCCAAGCUGUAUGA